AUGUAUUCUAAGAAGUACGUUCGGGAAUUUUUCGUUAUAGUUCUCAUGAUUGAAUCGACGGUGUGUGACAUAAAUGAACCGCGAUGUUACAGCCGAUUUGACUACGAGGAAAAAAUGUUGGAGAAAAUGGUGAGAACUGAGAUAAAAAAUCAGGAGCUUCUGACCAAACUAGAAGUGCUGGAAAAGAGACUAACACAUGUUGAAACUGAGGUGGAUAACACGGUAAAGGAAAUACAAGGUCUAGAAAAGAAACACGAAACCGAAAAAGAAGAGACAGCGAAAGAGGUACAAGAUCUUGAAAAGGCAUAUGAUAGUUUACAAACUGAGUUAGAAAAGUUUGAAAACACGACGAAAUCCGAUUUCGACAGACAAGAGAAAUCGCUUGAGGUACACGAUCAACGUUUGGACGCUAUGUUCAGGAAUAUUACAGAGAGUAUGCAUCAAUCUCCUGUUGCCUUCUUUGCCACCCUGUCGACCAGUUUUACAACAUCCACCUUCUCUCAGACGCUCGUAUUUGAAAAAGUUGUCACGGACGUGGGUGGGGGUUACAACCCGGGGACAGGUGUGUUCACCGCCCCGGUUGACGGUCUAUACGUGUUCUCAACUUCUGUCAUGGUUGACCUGUCCACGUCAACGACCGACGCUAAAAUCAGAAUAAACAAGAACGGCAGUAAAGUAGUGUACCUCUAUUUCAACGACAGUGACGGUAACUUCGAGACAGUCUCAGGCACUGUCAUUCUUUCGAUGCAGGUCGGGGAUACCGUAAAUGUGGAUUGCGAUAAUUCUGAACGAAGCAUCUUGGGUGCUCAAUAUACGUUCUUUUCUGGUUUUAGAUUGUGA